AUAUCUGUUUCUUCUACUGAUGGAGGUUUAAAUUUCUAAAUUGAGCAAAACUAUGGAAUACAAGUUGAAAUGGAACGGAUAUGGAAUUUAUGUACAGUUGUUAUGUAUAUUGGUUGCUAUGGUAAACAAUGUAGAUGCAGCACAAAUCGUAUACGCAAAGCCCAACCCUCACAACUUAUCCUGUUUCGAGUGUAAAGACAACUUCCGAGAGCUUGAUCCUGGAACCUAUUCCCCAAAUACCCCCUGUCAACAGAAAGCCAGAUUUAACGAGAUAGGAAUCAGCUCAUGCAGUGUUCACGAUAGAUAUUGUAAGGUGGAACGGGUUGAACUUAACGGGAAAGUGCUCAGUAUUGAAAGAGGAUGCACGGAGAAAUGCUUCUACGGUUGCAGGUUUAAUGGAUAUGGACUCACGUACAUGAAAUGUACGUCAUGCUGCAUGGGUUACGCCUGCAACACCGAUAACUCUUCCAGGACAGUUUGGUCUAACACAUUUCAAUGGACUAUAUUGUCGGCCUUGAUUGCCCGAUGGUUUAUGAUAUUACAAUUACGGAUAGAGUGACCCCGCCGUGAGGUUUACCACCCCAAGGAGUUCUACGAAUACUUUGAAGAUGUACCUGGCUGGGUGACCAUAUUUUUUUCUUUAAAACAAGGGGCCCCCUUUGGACUGUUUAUACUAUUUAUGUAAGAGGCGUAGUUCAAUGACAAGAUUCAUCGUUCUACAUCGGGCCCCGUGAUUUGCGACCGGUGUAUAAUUUCUCUUAAGAGAGGUACAUUGGUGAUACAUGAUUUAUUAUAUAUUUCCCCAUUUUUCUGUUGCAUGGGUUGAACAGUUUUACUUUCAUUUUAUGCAUUUUGAUAAGUUGCAUUGCAAUGCAAUACUCUCCGCCUCUCCCGAAAUAAGGCGGUUGAAUUGCUGAAAGUGAAAAUCAAAAUCAAU